UCCAGAUGUUAGAUCCACAUCCAACAUGUGAGUGUCUAUGUUGAACGAGACGAGUCCAGAAGCUUGAUUGUGUCUGAUUCGACGUCCACGUAUGUUGUACAACAGUGUUUUACAUGGUGCUACAACUGCUAAAUCCUAUCCUUUUGCAUUUUUCUUCUACAAAACACCACAUCCAGAUCCACAUGCACAUCUUUUCUUAGUAACAAACUUACCAAAACCAACUUAAACUCCGAGAACCAACAUCAAUGUCUUUUUGUUCGCGAAACAAGCGCGCCGUGCUUGUCACCCUCGAAUACGCGGACCCGAUCUUCAGUGGGAACGGCGUCUACUCACGGUCCAUCGUGACGGGUUUAGUCGAGCAACUUCGCUUCGAUGUACUCGUGAUUUCCGGAACUAGUGCUCAGGGUCCAUGCGGUUCAAGUCCAGGUCCAGGAGGUUCAGGGAGCUGUAGUAAGAGUUUAUCGCCUCUCCACCCACAGUCGCAGCCAAGGAUCGACAUGGUAAGGGUACGCAAAAGGUGUUCUUGUAGUUACCGCUUGUUAUGGCUCUCCUAAGGGAGACAAGCAUGACAAACGGGAUAAACGAACACCGAAAAAACCUACCUCUAAGCGUCCACUCACAGUCGCAGCCAAGGACGACAAGUAGAUCCCAACAUUCAUCAGCAGGAGCAGCCAAGGAUAUUCCUCCGACUUGUACUUCAGGCGGCACACUCCAGACAAUCGCGAUUCCCCUUCGCGUGUGGAACCGACUGGACCGAGGCUCAGACUGGGAGCUCUUUCGGGAUCGAGUGGCCAGUUCCGAAGAAGAUGAUGAAGGCGGGGGCGGGGUACUAGCAGCAUUUACUAUGGAUACUGACAACCCGUCUCUUUUACCAUCUUUUAGCCAAUUCCUUCUUGGAGUAAGCUAAAGCUAUCAGAUGUUCUGAAAGAUGGACUGUUUGCACCUCUAAAGCGACGGAGUUUGCGCCGGACUACAUUAUCGCAGUGGACUGGAGCGGAGCAGCAGCGGCAAGGAUGCUGAUGUUAAGGCUUCCCGUACUAUUGUUGCACUUUCAGAAGGAUUAUGCCUCCCUUAUUUUGUACGGAGAAAGCACGCCAAAGUCAAAGAAAGAUGAGUUUAUAAUUGAAGACGAAAACUAAAAUAUACGUUAGUUACCUAGGAAGUUGUAACAGAGCCGGCAGGCUCCUAUAAUGAUGGAGAAGAUGCAGCUAGAUCAAAGAAAGCCGCUAUUCGUUCUCUUUUUGUUCCGCCUCUUCUCUGCGUCCACUGAGUUUUCAGAGGAAGAUUUGACCUUUUACAAGGAAGAAGAGGGAAAUGCAGUGCGGGUUGCUGACAAAGUUGUGUCCUGUUCCUCGAUUGACCGAAAACUACUGGCGGCCACCUUUUUCCUUGGAGAUGACGAGGCUAUGGAUAUCAGUAGGAACAGGGAAAUCAGUAACACGUUAACGGCUACGUUAACUACGCCUCCUUCUUGUGUUAAACAGAAUAAACUUGCGUUUUUGAACCCGCCGCUGCGUCCGGGGUUUGUUGAGGAAGGAGCUGCGGCCACUACCUCGUCUGCGACUACUUCGUCAUCAGUCACAAAUAAAAAAGCUUCUUCUAGAUCGACAUUGACAAAGGCACCUGCGUCCUCCAGCUCUUGUUCGUCAUUACCGGCACCUUCUUCCUCCAGCUGCUCGUCGUCGAGCGAGACUCCCAUCUCUUCCAGCAAGACACCAACGGCGUCGUACCUGCUCUGCUGCUGCCGUUUGUCACCAGAGAAAAGAGUGGACUUCUUUGUUGAUGUGAUCUGUCGCCACGAGGUGCGAGAAGCCCUUCAGAAGCAGAACAUAGUUAUAAGACUAUUUAAUAGAAAACUCACCUUAAGACGCAUCUUUGACCCCUUUGUUAAGAGGGAAAGAAACACGUGAAAGAAAAAGAUGCACUCAGUGAUGAAUAUAUCAUAUGCAGGCGAUGAAUAUAUCAUAUUCAUAUAUUCUAUAAUAUGGUGGGUGUCCGUGUCUAACAUAGUUCCCUUUCUAGUCGGGGCACAGAACAGUGAAUGGGGAAAGGAACUGAUCCAAGGAAAGCUUGAAAGCACUUUCAAGCUUGUUAGUACAAGAAAUACAAUCUCCGAGGAAGAUGAUAGAGAUGAUGGAGAUGGACAGGAACAGGAUCAAAGAGGAGGCUGUAUCCAGAUAGAGCAUCACCACCACAAGCAGGAUGACCACCACCACGAUGCCCAAAAACAACAACACUACGCUAUCGUUCGCGAUUUCAUGUCUGCGGCACAGCUGCGAGAGGUGUUUAGAAAAAGCGUCCUCAACUUCCAUCCUGCUCUAUACGAUAGCUACGCGAUGACUAUUGUCGAGGCCGCGGCGUGCGGACUGCCAAGCUUGAUCCAUACUGGCGGAAUUGGUGCGGCAGACGUCCUUGGGGAAGAAGGUGUUUUUCGCGGAGACAUGGCGGAUGAGGAAAAAUGCGCGGAAAGAUUGGUAAAGUUAAGGCUUUGGGUUGCUGUUGAGGUUGACUUACACUUGAGUAAUCAGAACUUCUGAAGCACUAUAUUAAUGUCAUGUAGAUGCGAAAAGCUUGUUAUGUAGGGAAAAAAGUGUUACUACUGGGUCUGUCCGAGGACAGGGAAAACCCCUGAGACCCGCCGCGGACCUCAGGAUUUUGAGCAGUCUCAGAAUCCUGAGGUCCGCGGCGGACAUGAGACAUUUUUGAGUCCCAUGACUCAAAAACGCCUGAGACUGGUUCCUCACAGAGGGCCGCGUUGAGAUUUCUGAGGUCCGCGGCGGACAUGAGGCAUUUUUGAGUCCCAUGGAGGCACUUUUGAGUCCCAUGGACUCAAAAAUGCAUGAGGCGGGUUCUCCACAGGGGCCUUUGAGAUUUCUGGGGCCUGCGGCGGACCUCAGGACUCAGCAGUCUAAGAGUCCUGAAGUCCGCGGCGGACAUGAGACUUUUUCAGUCCCGUGGUCUCAGAAACGCCGGAGACUGGUUUCGCGGAGCAGAGUCCGGAGAAAGCCCUUCGAGUGCCUUUUUCUAUUACUAUCGCAGUCGCAGCUAGUAGUUCUAAUCUAGGGAGCAAAGUCCUCCAGUUAGUCCUACUGAGAAACUUCCGCUGUCUCAGAUGAAGUAGAAACGCAAGUCAUGAAGUGUUUUUGGAUGCGUCGCCUCAAGAUCAAGAAAGAUCCAGAUCGAUGUAGUUGAACUUGAACGUUUGUAGAAGUAUUUCGCUCUGCUCUAAUAUAGGUGCUGGAAGGAUUGAGACUUGCGAAAGACGAAGACCCAGUUCAGUGCGUUUCUUCACAACAACCUCCACUGCAACAGUCGCAUAUGCAAUCUCAAAUCAUGCAUGUCGAAUCACGACAAGUGCAAGAGACAGCGCAAAAACGGGCCUUGGCAUGGGAGUCUGUGGCUUUUGCGCAAGAGUUAGGUUCUUUGCUUGAAGAAGCGGGUGUAGGUGGCCAUAGUUGA